AUGGCUGCACAAGAGCUUAAGACAGAGCAGGAGAUAGUAAAUAAGUUUCAGCAGCUCUUGGAAGAGCGCAAUGCCCUCUCCACGGCUGCCAUCGAGCGGCGGUCAGAGGUGGCCGAGCACGAGCUCGUCGUCAAGACCCUCGAGCCCCUGGAUGCCAGCCGCAAGUGCUUCAAGCUGCUAGGGGACAUCCUCGUCGAGCGGACGGUGGGCGAGGUGCUCCCCACCGUGAAUGAGAACAAGAACAACCUCCUAUCGCUGGUGAGGACGUACGAGCAGCAGCUAGAGGCCAAGCAGGCCGAGGUGCUGGCCUUCCAAGACAAGUACAAGAUUCGCGGGGAGGGCGAGAAUCAGGCAGCUCCCAAAGCCCAAGCACCAGGCAGCGGGAAGCAGGGAGUCCUCGUCAGCAACUCAUGA